AUGAAUAUAUCAAAUGAUACAAGCAGUCCAGGAUCAGCCUUAUCCUCCUCAGCUUCAAAAUUAACGAAGACUCCAUCAUAUUCAAAUAGUGUUGAUUGUGGCAGUGCCAAAAAACCACCACGUAAUUUGGUUCUUUCCACUUCUUUUGUCUCAACGAAAAGACUUGCCAAUGACAUUGACCCAUCUCCUACCAGCCCGUUACAAUCAAGGCAGUUGAGAAGCAGGACUUUGAAGACAUUAUUAUCCGUUAAGGCUGAAAUUAAUCAAUUACAACAAGAAUUAUCGCAAGCAUAUAGGAGAAAAGACGAUGCAGAAAGAGCGAGAGAUGCUACAGCAUCGGAUAUAUUCACAGGUGAAUAUUCCACUGACCAUCUUCAGAAACAUUCAAUGAGAAUUAAGAAAAAUACUCAGAUAAGAGAAUUGGAUACUACCAUUAAAAGACUUGACAAACAAAUAAGUGAUCUAAAACGGCAUUACGAAGAGAUAAAAGAAGCUAAUGAAAUAAGAAGCCCGUCUGAUGGUGACGAAAGCAUUAGUGUAAAACAAGUAUCAAGUGAGACUCCCCGAGGGAGUCUGAGUAGAAGCAGGAGUAAAUCGUCUGAUACUGGAAGUAAAACAAUCGAUGAAGAGUCUAUAAACGAAUUAUCGCAAGCCGGUAGUUCAGUAAUAAGCGAACCAUAUCGGAUCAUGACUGAUUCUGGAGAUGAACGAAUACCCACAUCAAUUGUUCCAAAUGAUAGUUCAGAAACUAAAGAAACUGCCACUUGGCUUGUUAGUGACUUUAUGCAAAGUUUACAAGAGACUAACAUAUCAGCUGACUUUUUAGUUGAAAAAUCCAAUGGGCUCAUUGAUUUGUUAAAAAAGCAUCCACAAAUAAGGCAAGAUCUUGUAUUAUCCUCUUUUCUGACUACACUACAAGAUUUACUAUUAAAUGAAAACCAAUUAAUUGCGUCACUAGCAUAUCGAAUAUGUAGAUAUUUGAUUAAUGGUAAAGAUUUCAUUAAAAGUUUAAUAAAACUCCGAAUUACUUCUUUUCUCAUUAUUUCAUUAGCAAAGGAGAACUCUUACCAAAUAGAACGAGAACAAGCGUUAAAAUUAAUACGAUCAUUUAUUGAAUAUAAUACAGGAUUAACAAAGGGGCUCGUACAAGCCCUCAUCAGUUGUGUAGAAAGACAGGAUGAUCCAUUAAGAAUAAUUGCACUGGAGACAUUAUUGGAAUUAUGCUUUGUGAAUCCAUCUUUGAUAAGAGAUUGUCAUGGAAUGCGUGUUCUUGUGGGCUUGCUUCAAGAUUAUUCAUCGUUCUCAUUAGCAUCGAUCGUUCUUGAUUCCAUAUUGCAACUUACGUCUACUCACAAAACAAGAAAAUAUCUUCUUGAAGAUUUUAAUAUAUCAGUACUGAACACGGCAUUUUCAGAUACAAACACAAAAUUAUCUUUAAAUGUUGAGAAAAUGCAAAAUUCAUGUCUUCUCAUUUCUCGAGUUCUUAAGAAUGAUAAUGGAUUCAUGCUUUAUUCAAUGAAUAAUUUCAAACCAAUAAAAGAAUUAUUAUCAUUUAUUCAAGUUCCAAUAUGUGCUCAGUAUAUUAUAGAUGUCUUACUAGAUGCAUUGCGAAUAAAACCGUUACCUUAUAGAUCCAAAAUAAAGAGCUCUAAACUUAUACCUUCACAAUUUGCUAAGGAAUGCUUACCAAUAAAUCAACAUAUUGCACUUUUAAUAAUGAUACUAGACAAUAGUAAUUUCCCCGGAUAUAUGACAGAUCUAAUUCAUUCUGUAGACAAAUGUGAUAUCAAUCCAUCAUUAUUGGUCAAAUGUAGAUAUUUAUUGACUGAAUAUUUCAACUUAAAGAUGAACCUCGUUGAUAUAAGAAUGACUUCAAUUUCUAAACCAAUCCCCAAGGAUAAAUUUGUUUUAUUUCAAGAAACUUUUGAAUUCAAUAGAAUAACAUCUCAAAUGAACAAAAAUAGGAAUACGUUAGGUCUAUCAUGCAUAAAUUAUGAAACAAACAUGAAAAAUUUCUCUCAUCAUAUCAAGGAAAAUACAUUAGUUCAUGAGAUUGAUGAAUUAAGAUUUAGGAAAAUGGUUUAUGAUUCCAAAGUCUUACAAACCAAAGAUUUUACACUUUGGAAUUGGAAUACUAUACAAGAAUUACUUGAAGGUCCAUUAAUGAAUACGAAACAAUUAGAAGAGUUAGCUAAAUCCACGAAGUUUAUUAGAAGAUUGUUAGUGUUUUAUCGACCAAUGAGGUUGAGGUUUUCCAAUGUUGAUAAAGGAACAAGGUUGGCACAAAAAUAUAUUCAUGUUGGAUGUAAAUUUUUCAAAAUGUUAACGACAAAUCCAGAAGGUGUAAAAAUAUUAAAAGAUGAUAGUAAAAUAAUUCCUCAGGUAGCUUCUUCGUUAUUUAAAGCUAUGGAGGGGAACACAGUGGGGAAUAUUUUCAAUGAAAAUGCGUUGAAGACUAAAAUUGUUCAAGGUUAUUUCAAGUUUAUUGGUGUGUUAACGCAAUCUGUUCAAGGUGUUAAGAUACUAAGCCGUUGGAAUUUUUUCACUGUUAUUUAUAAAAUGUUUGAUUUUGACUCUAAGAUUGGGACAAAAUUUCUGUUAUUAAUUUUACCGGAAUUAGAUUUACAUCAUUCUUCUCACUGUUGCACUAUUAUAGGGAAGGCUUUAGUUGUUUCCAAUGAAAAAGUCAGAAUGAAGGCUACUCGACAUAUUGGAGAACGAUUAAAAGAACUAUUGAAAUCGAAAACUUUUGAUAAUAUUUCAGAAGAACAUGAAAAAUUAAGACAAUUUAAGAUGGAAAUGUUAACACGACAACUAUAUGAUUUAAGCCCAAAUGUAGUUGCCAUUGCUGAUGAGGCAUUAUAUGAAUGUAUCGUUGAUAGUGACAAAUCCAAAGAAUUUAGUAUUUCAUUUAAGACUUUUUUGAAUCAAAUGGUUUUCAUUAGAUCACCAAUUUUAUUUGAAUUAUUAAGUAAACCGUAUGGGUUCCAGUUGUUGAAUGAAAUCAAUUUUGUUUAUAGUGAAAGAGAAUCAUGGUUAUCACAAAAGAAUAAAGAAUACGUUUCCAUUGUGGAAAAUUUCUUAGCAAAGAAACAAAAUUCAUUCAGACAAACUGGUCAUUCCCAUCAAAAUGAUCGUUUACCUUUACAUUUCUAUGGGAGUUUAUCCAAGACUGAAGAUGGUAUUACACUUCUAAGUCGAACAGGUGAUUUGGUACGAUUUAUGAAUGUUAUUAAAAGAUAUGUCACUAAUUUUAUGGAAGAUGAAACUCUAGAUGAAAUCUUGGAGGUGAAGGAAUCAUUAUGGUGUUGUGGAUUCAUUGGUUCUACUGAAUUAGGUAUUGGUCUGUUGGAUAAUUAUUCGUUGGUAGAGAAUAUCGUUCAAAUUUCAUACCAUGCUAGUGUUACAAGUGUUAAAUUUACUGCUUUUUAUGUGUUAGGGUUAAUAAGUAAGACGAAGGAAGGAUGUGAAAUAUUGGAUGAGUUAGGUUGGAAUUGUUGUCUCGAUGUUAAAGGUGAGCCUGUUGGUAUUACUUUACCUACAAAAUUGGAUAAAUUCUUAUCAUAUAAAGAGAAAGAAUGGUCCAUGGAACAUGAAUAUAAGACAGAAAUGAUUGAAAUUGGCCUUGACGAUGGCGAUUUAGUUAAUAAGGUUAGUCCAAUUGAAUUCAAUUUAGAUCAUUUAUUAACAGAACAGAAUUUGAUAGAGAAUACACUUAAUGAUGAUGAGAAUGAUCCAUCGGAGCAAAUACGUAAAAUGAAGGAAUCCAUUGAAAAUAAACAAGUAUCUGAAUCAUGUAACUCCAAUGUAAAAGAUGAUGAAGCAACUAUCAUUGAAAAAGUUGUCACAACGGUUAGUCAAUUGGGUAAUCAUAUUCUUUCUAGUAAUGCCAUUAAUGAAAUAACUCAGAUGAAUAAUCGUUACGGUCCCAAAUUAUUUGAAAAUGAAAAGAUAUUCACUAAAGUCAUGGAGAUGAUGGAGAAGUUUAGAUUUAAACCUCAUGUUCGAAAAUUUUUAUGUGAUUUAUUUAUUAAUAAGAAGACGCUAGAAAGUAUUAUUCUGUCUGCCAGGAAGGAAGAGAAAAUAAGGAAGUAA